AUGUCUGCCUCUGAGCUUUUCGAAGUCAACGCUGCGGCGGCUAUCAACGCAUCGUCCAUCGUGCAGGACUACCGGGUGAAGCCGACUAUUGAUUACCGCACGGUGGCGGGAGUGAACGGGCCGCUGGUGAUUCUCGAUAACGUCAAGCAGCCCAAGUUUUCGGAGAUCGUGACUCUGACGCUGCCUGAUGGGUUCCUGGAGGUGCAGGGCAGCCGCGCGGUGGUGCAGGUGUUUGAGGGGACGACGGGAGUGGACACCAAGUCGACGCACGUGGAGUUCACCGGCGACACGCUGAAGAUGCCGGUGUCGGAGGACAUGCUGGGGCGGAUCUUCAACGGGUCGGGCAAGCCCAUCGACAACGGCCCGAAGGUGUUUGCGGAGGACUACCUGGACAUCAACGGCAUGCCAAUCAACCCGUACUCGCGCAUCUACCCCGAGGAGAUGAUCCAGACCGGCGUGUCGGCCAUUGACACGAUGAACUCGAUUGCGCGCGGGCAGAAGAUUCCGAUUUUCUCGGCAGCCGGGCUGCCGCACAACGAGAUUGCAGCGCAGAUUGUGCGCCAGGCGGGGCUUGUCAAGCCCGAGGUGACCAAGGACGUGCACGACACGCACGAGGAGAACUUUGCGGUGGUGUUUGCGGCGAUGGGCGUCAACAUGGAGACUGCGCGGUUCUUCAAGCAGGACUUUGAGGAGAACGGCUCGCUGGAGCGCGUCACGCUGUUCCUCAACCUGGCCAACGACCCGACCAUCGAGCGCAUCAUCACGCCGCGCCUGGCCCUGACCACGGCCGAGUACUACGCGUACCAGCUGGAGAAGCACGUGCUGGUGAUCCUGACCGACAUGAGCUCGUACGCCGACGCCCUGCGCGAGGUGUCGGCGGCACGCGAGGAGGUGCCUGGGCGCCGCGGCUACCCCGGCUACAUGUACACCGAUCUGUCGACCAUCUACGAGCGUGCGGGCCGAGUCGAGGGCCGCAACGGCUCGAUCACCCAGAUCCCCAUCCUGACCAUGCCCAACGACGACAUCACGCACCCGAUCCCCGACCUGACCGGGUAUAUCACCGAGGGCCAGAUCUACGUCGACCGGCAGCUGUACAACCGGCAGAUCUACCCGCCGAUCAACGUGCUGCCGUCGCUGUCGCGUCUGAUGAAGUCGGCGAUCGGCGAGGGCCUGACGCGCAAGGACCACGGCGACGUGUCGAACCAGCUGUACGCCAAGUACGCCAUUGGGCGGGAUGCCGCGGCAAUGAAGGCCGUGGUGGGCGAGGAGGCGCUGUCGCAGGAGGACAAGCUGUCGCUGGAGUUCCUGGACAAGUUUGAGCGCUCCUUUAUCUCGCAGGGCCCGUACGAGAACCGGACCAUCUUUGACUCGCUGGACCUGGCGUGGUCGCUGCUGCGCAUCUUCCCCAAGGAGAUGCUCAACCGGAUCCCGCAGAAGGUCAUCCAGGAGUACUACACCCGGAACGCUGCCCGCGAUGCGGCGGCGGCGGCAGUCGAUGACCAGGAGUCGGAUGUCGAGGACGAGUCCGAUGAGGAGUAA